AUGGAGCGAACAGGUAGCGUCAAGAGAAAAGCCAUGGCUCGGCAACACAAGGCUGAAGUCAUGAUUGCAGGAGAACAACUGAGGUUGCGGCUUCACGAUGGAAAACUGAUCAAGGACAGACGGUACCACCUACGGACAUAUCCUAACUGCUUUGUAGCGGAGGAGCUGAUAGCCUGGCUCGUGAACCAUAAGGAGGCUCCAGAUCGGACAACAGCUGUGCGUCUGAUGCAGCACCUCAUGGAUCAGGACAUUGUUCAUCACGUUUGCGAUAAGUGGUCCGAAUUCAAGGAUGCCAAAUUGCUCUAUCGUUUCCGCAAAGAUGAUGGCACAUUUCCCUUCAACACAGAAGUGAAAAUAUUCAUGAGAGGACAACGAUUGUAUGAGCAUCUCAUUGCAGACAAGCACUCAAUUCUGCAGCUAAGAGAGGAGCAGGGUGUUUCGUAUCAGCGCUCUUUUCCUGGCUGCCAGCUGAUUGAUUGGCUCCUUCAAAUCGGAGAGGCGGUAAGCCGGUCCCAGGGUCUGGAGUUGUGCCGUGCUUUACAAGGCCAAGGCAUCAUUCAGCAUGUAGCCAAAAAACACGAUUUCUUUGAUAGUGGACUACUCUAUCAGUUCUGCAUCAAUUUUCGCCGCAGACGACGCUUGUCUGAACUGCUUUGUGAAAGCAAGCAAGACGGUUAUGUAGGCACAGUGGUGUCCACACAAGAGGACAGCCACCCUGAUAGUCCAUUUUUUCUGCACAAAGGUUCACCACAGGAGGCUGCCAAUGGCUUCCAGUCAGUCGGAGCCAGUAAAGACCAGAAGCAGGUGACCAGUGGCUGCCGAGGCAGUUUGAAUUCCCUGCAGCUUGAUGCUGCAGGAUUUCCCCUGAUUGUUCAGCUGUCUUCAACCCCAGUCAUAAGAUGUAACCCUAAAUCAGUUCUAAAAAGACAUUUUACAUGUGAGGAGUUGCUGGCACCAGGAGCACAUUUUUCCAAAAGAGUGUUGACGGUGAUAGGUGAUGCAUUGGGCUGGGGCUUUGUCCUUAGAGGUGUGGCCCCUUGUUACGUGCAAGCUGUUGAUCCCGGAAGCCCUGCAGCAGCUGCCGGAGUAAAGGUGCGACAAUUGUUAUGUCAGGUGAAUGGACAGUGUGUACUCUACCUGGACUACAGGACAGUGACCACACUGGUGAUGACAGGACCUCGCAUUGUUGUCUUGGAAGUGAUGGAAUCACUGGAUUAA